AUGCCUGCUACGACUGCACUACUCGCUGCACUGGCGGCGCUGGUGCCAACUGCACUGGCCCAGGCUAAUACCAGUUAUAUCGACUACAAUACGGAGCCCCAGCCAAGUCUUGAUAGCCAGACCUUGGGAAAAGUCCACACUGGAUUCCCCGAUUGCACCACGGGUCCCUUGAGCAACACCUUGGUAUGCAACUCCUCCGCUCGCCCUCAUGAUCGAGCUGCCGCUCUAGUGUCGCUGUUCACAUUCGAAGAACUGGUAAACAGCACCGGAAAUAAUAUCCCUGCCAUCCCACGUCUUGGACUUCCACCCUACCAAGUAUGGAGCGAGGCUCUACACGGAUUGGAUCGUGGAAACUUCUCCAAAUCGGGAGACUAUAGCUGGGCAACAUCUUUUCCGUCUCCAAUUCUCACCAUGGCGGCCCUCAACCGGACGCUGAUCAAUCAGAUUGGUGAGAUUAUCUCAACACAAGGAAGAGCGUUCAACAACGCUGGGCGAUAUGGUCUCGAUGUUUAUGCUCCCAACAUCAACUCAUUCCGUCACCCGGUCUGGGGCCGUGGCCAAGAGACCCCGGGUGAAGAUGCUUACUGCCUUUGCUCAGUGUACGCAUAUGAGUAUAUCACCGGCAUUCAGGGUGGCGUGGAUCCCGAGCAUCUCAAAUUGGUGGCUACCGCGAAGCACUAUGCUGGUUAUGACAUCGAGAACUGGGACGGCCAUUCUCGGCUUGGAAAUGAUAUGAAUAUCACUCAGCAGGAUCUCGCAGAGUAUUUCACCCCUCAAUUCCUGACUGCGGUUCGGGAUGCUCGAGUACAUAGUGUGAUGUCCUCGUAUAAUGCUGUCAACGGCGUUCCCAGCUCUGCCAAUUCCUUCUUCCUCCAAACAUUGCUGCGUGAUACCUGGGAUUUUGUCGAGGAUGGAUAUGUCUCGUCUGACUGUGAUGCUGUUUACAAUGUUUUCAAUCCACACGAAUAUGCGGCAAAUAUUUCUAGCGCCGCGGCUGAUUCCAUGCGAGCUGGCACAGAUAUUGAUUGUGGAACGUCCUACCAGUAUCACUUGAAUGAGUCCUUCUUCCAGGGCGAGAUUUCACGCAGUGAGAUUGAGCGUGGUGUCAUCAGACUUUACUCCAACCUCGCUAGUCUCGGGUACUUUGAUGGAAAGGACAGCCAAUACCGCAACCUUACUUGGUCCGAUGUCCGGGCCACCGAUGCAUGGAAUAUCUCGUAUGAGGCUGCGGUUGAGGGCAUUGUCCUCCUGAAGAAUGACGGCACUCUGCCUCUGUCUAAGAAGACUCGGAGUGUCGCCUUGAUCGGCCCUUGGGCUAAUGCCACCACACAGAUGCAGGGCAACUACUUCGGAACUGCUCCGUAUCUCACCAGCCCAUUAAAUGCACUCAAAGCCUCGAACCUGGAUGUUACCUAUGCCCUUGGUACGAACAUCUCCUCCACCACGACCGGCGGGUUUGCCGAUGCGGUGUCUGCAGCCAAGAAAUCCGACGUGAUCAUUUUCGCUGGUGGAAUUGACAAUACGAUCGAGGCGGAGGGCAUGGACCGACAAAACAUCACCUGGCCAGGAAAUCAACUCCAGCUCAUCAAGGAGCUGAGUGGUUUGGGAAAGCCGUUGGUGGUGCUUCAAAUGGGUGGUGGUCAAGUUGACUCUUCCUCGCUGAAGACCAACAAGAACGUUAACGCACUCAUUUGGGGUGGAUAUCCUGGCCAGUCUGGUGGUCAAGCGCUUUUGGAUAUCAUCACUGGAAAGCGUGCUCCUGCUGGUCGUUUGACAACAACGCAAUACCCAGCCGAGUAUGCGCUGCAGUUCCCGGCUACGGAUAUGAGCAUGCGCCCUGCUGGCAACAACCCCGGCCAGACGUAUAUGUGGUACACUGGAACACCAGUCUAUGAAUUUGGUCACGGAUUGUUCUAUACAACAUUCAAGACGUCUCUCUCAAAGGGAAGUGACACCAAGACUUCCUUUGACAUUGUCAAUCUUCUGUCCCGGUCCCACGAUGGCUACAACGUCAUCGAGCAGCUUCCAUUCCUCAACUUCACUGUCAGCGUCACCAAUACUGGAGGUGUUCUCUCAGACUACACAGCAAUGCUGUUCGCCAAUACAACUGCUGGCCCUCAGCCAUACCCCAACAAGUGGCUGGUUGGUUUCGAUCGCCUCGGGUCUAUCAAGCCACAUGCCUCCAUGGAGAUGACAAUUCCCGUCUCUCUUGACAACGUUGCGCGUACAGAUUCGCUAGGAAACCGUGUCAUCUAUCCGGGCAAGUAUGAGCUGGCUUUGAACAACGAGCGAUCCGUCAUUCUUUCUUUCACCCUGACAGGCGACGCGACUACUAUCUCGAAGUGGCCGCUGGAUAAGCAGCAAAUCCCCCAUGCAUGA